CCUGACUGUGUGGCCUCUCUGUCGCCCCCUGCUUGUAGAUGCUGCAGCCUCAGUUCAAGCCCCACACUAUCCAGCAGGUGCUGUUGCGACUGUUCCAGGUGAUCCCUGGCCGCUCCCCCUAUGGCUCCUGGGACCCCGCCCGCUGCCUGCGCUGUGCCGUGGUGGGGAACUCUGGCAACAUGCGCGGGGCCGGUUACGGACCCACCAUAGACAGCCACAACUACAUCAUGAGGAUCAACCUGGCCCCCACGCUGGGCUAUGAGGAGGAUGCAGGCAGCCACACCACCCACCACUUCAUGUACCCAGAGAGUGCCAAGAACCUGGCAGCCAAUGUCAGCUUCGUCCUGGUGCCCUUCAAGACCCUGGACCUGCUGUGGAUCACCAGCGCACUCUCCACUGGACAGAUCCGCUUGUGAGAGCAAAACUGCCAGCACACACACACAGUCCAUUCAGUUCCGGUCCUUGCUGUUCUGCAGCCCUAAGCUAGACCAAAAAAAUGCUGCUAGACUUUAAAAAGUCCCAGUAAGCAAAAUGACGUUGAAAAGACAAC